GGACCGAAGGAGACCACGCCUCCGUCUCCCCCACGGCAACCAACCCGAGGAGGCCGGCCAAGCAACAGCGGCUGCCGUAAAUUUUCCGGUAGCCUACGACGCCGCGGCGGCGAUCCCAAGGUGGCGAGGCGGACCCAAGGUAAGCAGUCGCCGCGGAGAUGUCGGACGCGCUGAUCAACGGCCUCGCCGGCGCCGGCGGCGGGAUCGUCGCCCAGCUCCUCACCUACCCCCUCCAGACCGUGAACGCGCGGCAGCAGACGGAGCGCGACCCCUCCAAGCCGGCGUUCAAGGACGGCGCCGUCCGCCAGAUGUGCCUGGUGGUGAAGAACGAGGGGUGGGAGCGCCUCUACGGCGGCCUGGCGCCCUCCCUCGUCGGCACCGCCGCCUCCCAGGGUGUCUACUACUACUUCUACCAAAUAUUCCGGAGCAGGGCGGAGGCGGCGUCCCUCCAGCGGUCCAUCAGAGGAGUUGGCGAUGGAUCCGUCGGGAUGCUCCAGUCGCUCACCGUCGCUGCACUUUCUGGGUGUGUCAAUGUGCUUCUCACAAACCCAAUCUGGGUUAUUGUUACGCGGAUGCAAACCCACAGAAAGGCAAACAAACAGCAAAGCCCCGAGGGUUUGACUUCUGCUCUUGACAAGGCCCUACAAACUGCCCCGGUGGAAAACAUCCCUCAUAAAACUAUCAACGUUAUUCAGGAUCUUUACAAGGAAGCUGGAGUCUUGGGCUUCUGGAAAGGGGUUAUUCCUGCUCUUAUUAUGGUCAGCAACCCCGCAAUCCAGUUCAUGUUGUACGAGGCUCUUCUGAAGAAGCUGAAGAAUAAACGGGCCACUAAUUUGAAGGGGGCUCAGGGACUAACUGCUCUUGAAAUUUUUCUUCUUGGAGCUGUUGCGAAACUGGGCGCAACUCUUGUUACAUAUCCACUUCUAGUUGUGAAGGCAAGACUUCAGGCAAAGCAUAUGAUCGACGAUGACAAGAAGCAUCGGUACAAAGGCACAUUUGAUGCAAUCACAAAAAUGAUGCAUUAUGAAGGCCUUUCAGGGAUGUAUAAAGGAAUGGGCACAAAAAUUGUUCAAAGUGUUUUUGCUUCCGCUCUCCUUUUCAUGAUCAAGGAAGAGCUGGUGAAGGGUGCUCGAUUAUUGGUCACAGGUGACACCAGUCUGGUUAAGAAGUUGCCGUCAAAGCCAUCAAGAUGAUGAUCUAGGUCUUUGCAGAAGUAUUAGUUGUUGAUUAUAUCAUGAACGAAGUGUGAAUGGGGUCAGCAAAAAGAGCUCACCUCUGUUAGGAGGUACCAAGUUACAAAAAGUGUAGGAUCUAGUGAAUAAUGGGGAGGUACGAACUCAGACAUUACACAGUGAAAACUAUGAUUCUUGUAGGGACCGGAAACUAUAUACAUUAUUGGAUAGGAUAUUAAUUUAUUAAUGUAAAGUGUAAUUAGGAAUGUUGAACAUUCAAAAUAAGCUGGUAAUAUGAAGUGCUAGUAUCUACUGUACUCA